AUGCCUGCACGACGAACUUCCCGGAUUUCAACCCCAGCAUUGCUGACUGUCGCGCUCCUGGCGCUUGCAGGGACCGGUUCGGUCACCGACGCCGCUAAGUGUUAUCCAAAGCCAAAGAACGACGCUCUCACUCCGACAGUCACUGACGCUCCAGUUGUGGAGGAUCCGUCCCCUGCUACCCAAGGCUCCUUUGAGUCCAAUCAGGAAACCCAAGGAAGCUCGUUCCCUACCGAGACAACGACCGAGGCACCUGCAGCUCAAACUGGUUCCUAUGAGGAAACCCCAACGACUGAAUCGUCCGGCGCUCAGACACCCACUGAGAGUUCUUUUGAGUCCAGCGAGGUGAGCCAAGGAAGCACAACCCAGACUCAAGCUUCCUCCGACGUGUCAACUGGAAAUUCUACCUCCACAUCUACAGGGGAGCACGCUACGUUCGGAGAUGUCACUUCAACUAGCGGCAAGUGUGUCAUCGGCAACCCGAACGCAGGGGAUGUCACUCGUGAACAGGUCGACUGGGUCUGGAAGAAUACGAUGGAAGAGUACAUUCCUCAGUUUAAGAACCUCAUCUUCGACCAGCUCAUCACUAACAAGGGCAAGCUCAGCUACUGUGUGCGUUGGGACAACGACAAGCCACUGGAGAAGGCUGUCGCAUCCAAGUUCCAGGCCAUGCUCGAGAAGCAGAUUAACCUCUGGAACCGCUGGCUAGUCGGCUACCAGUGCUGGCCUAUUGAGAAGAUCGAAGUCUCCAUUGUGGCCUACGCGGUCAAGGACAAGUCCAUCAUGGACUGGACGGACAACUCACUCGGAACGAUAUACGAGGGUAUCUUGGAUGCCGAAGGAAGUCCCAAGUGCCCCGACGAAUGCUAUAAACACUUGAACCAGGCAGCUAAUGCGGAUACGAGCGCGUGCAAGGGAAAGCCCUUCGAUAUGUCAUUCUGGCCAUCGACGAAGCCUGGUGAGGGUGCUAUUGGUACGGGAGGUGACUGGGGUCAGCGUGUCGAAGUGAAUGACAUGCUCAAUACUAUGGACGGCGAGGAAAUGUUGGUGCUAUUGCAUGAAAUAGGCCACGGCUUCGGUCUGCCGGAGAUGUACGUAGACAAGAACAAGCCCGCGGACUACCCGCCAUGCGUGAUGGAUAAUAGCCCGACACUCACGGACGGUGACGGAUGGCUGCUUCGAAGCGUCCUGGAGCAUAUCAAGUCUCGCUAUGACUUUUAGAUCGACACACGCCGAGCCAUGUAGGCUUGGCGUGCAGGAUCGUUUGGUUGUUGCUUGUCUAGUUAUACCGUCACUUUGUGUUUAUGUUUUAAAAAAGGGUUAAGUUCUCUCGUC